UCCGCUACUCUACAGGCAGGCAGGCAGGCAGGCAGGCAGGCUGUACUCGUGUGUCAUAUCUUACCUCUUAUCUCGUACAGUUAUAUAAACUUCCAUAUCAUCAAAGAUACUGCCAGACAUCUGAAUCCUGAUAGGCUUGUAAACUGAAAAAAGGAUGGAGGGGGGAUAUAGUUGUAGUUAACUGUAGAGAAAUAUGUCCAGUGCUGUAAAGUGGUAAGAGGGAAGGCUGCAGAGUAAGUGUGGGCUGGGUUAAACUGGCACUUAAAAAGAAGCUCACUUCUGCUGCUGUGCAUUUACCCAGCAGCCAGGCUAUGAGGCAAAGAAAGGAUCAGUGAAUGAGUGGAUGAGACAAACAGCUCCAGGGGGAAGGUGUACUCUCACUCCAUUGGAGCAAGUGUAUUUUUAGCUCCCAACUAUUUCACUUCACAGUUUUUCUCUUCCAGUCUUUCCUUGGCAGAGGCUAGCCAUGGGCACCGGUGUGGACAGGUUUCUGUGGACAGUCCUGCUGCUGUUGCCAGUCUUGGGACACUCUGAGGCUUUGACAGCAAGCUGGAUGCCAGGGAAUUAUGAUAACACCACGGCAGAGGCAUUAAGGUUUCUAAAUGACUACAACAGCACUGCCGAGGAGGUGUUAUUCUUCAGCGUCUCUGCCAGCUGGAACUACAACACCAACAUAACAAGCCACAACUCUGAGCUUCAGGUAAAUGCAUCUCUUGACGAGCAGGCCUUUGCAUAUGCAUGGGGGCUAAAAGCCAGAGCAUUCCCUCAGUCCAUUCUCAGCACUCUUGAACCCAGUGACAAGAAACUGAUGAAAAAGAUCACGCUUCUGGGAGCUGCCAACCUGGCUCCAAAAGAAAGAGAGGAGUACAACACAAUUCUGAGCACCAUGGACAAUAUUUAUUCAACAGCCAAAGUGCAUCCACAGCCAAACAUAAGCUGGAGCCUGGAACCUGAACUCACAGAUAUCAUGGCCAACUCCAGGAGCUACAAGAGGCUGCUUUAUGCAUGGGAGGGCUGGCACAAUUCAUCAGGGGUACCUCUCAAGAAGUACUACCCCAGGUUUGUGGAGCUCAGCAACAGUGCCUCUCGAAGUGAUGGUUUUACAGACACUGGAGAUGACUGGCGCUCUUGGUAUGAGACGCAGACCUUUGAGGAAGAUCUUGAGGAACUGUACAGGACCAUUCAACCUCUGUACCAGCACCUGCAUGCCUUUGUACGCCGCAAGCUCUACAACCAGUACGGUCCCAAGUACAUCAACCUUAAAGGACCCAUCCCUGCUCACCUGCUUGGAAAUAUGUGGGCCCAGACCUGGAACAAUAUUUAUGGUCUAAUGAUCCCAUUUCCUGAGAAACCCAACUUGGAUGUGACUAAUGAAAUGAUCAACCAACGCUAUAAUGCCUCGCACAUGUUCCGUGUGUCUGAGGAGUUCUUCACUUCUCUGGGAUUAGAAAAGAUGCCUGAUGAAUUCUGGGAGGGAUCAAUGCUGGUGAAGCCUGAAGGUCGAGAGGUGGUGUGCCAUGCAUCCGCCUGGGACUUUUACAACCGCAAAGACUUCAGGAUCAAGCAGUGCACUACAGUAACAAUGGAGCAGCUCUUUACUGUACACCAUGAGAUGGGACACAUCCAGUAUUACCUGCAAUACAAGGACCAGCCUGUGGGCUAUCGUCGUGGAGCCAACCCUGGUUUCCACGAAGCUAUUGGCGAUGUUUUGUCUCUCUCAGUUUCUACACCCAAACAUCUGAAAGAAAUUAAUCUGCUGGAAUCUGCGACAUCUGAUAUUCAAACUGAUACCAACUACCUGUUAAAGAUGGCUUUGGAGAAGAUAGCCUUCCUUCCCUUUGGUUACCUCAUCGACCAGUGGAGAUGGAGUGUGUUCAGUGGACGCACACCUCCAGAGCGGUACAAUGCUGACUGGUGGCACCUCAGGACAAAAUAUCAAGGUAUCUGCCCACCGACCAGGCGUACAGAGGAGCACUUUGAUCCUGGGGCAAAAUACCACAUCCCUGGAAACACCCCAUACAUUAGGUAUUUUGUCAGCUUCAUCCUGCAGUUCCAGCUUCAUGAAAAACUGUGCGCCGCAGCCAAUCAAACCGGCCCCUUGCACACAUGUGACAUAUACCGUUCCGCAGCGGCAGGGGCCAUUUUAAAGAAAAUUCUUCAGGCUGGCUCCUCUAAGCCAUGGCCUGACGUGCUCCAGGAAGCUAUAGGCACCAGGAAGUUGGAUGCUAACUCACUGAUGAAGUACUUUGAGCCCAUUAUUGAGUGGCUGAAAAAACAAAAUGUGAAUGAGACCUUGGGAUGGCCUGAUUUUAACUGGGUCCCACCCAUCCCUGAGGGCUACCCUGGGGAUAUUGACAAGAAUACAGACGAGCUUGAUGCAAAGGCAUUUCUGGCUGAGUACAACAGUACAGCUGAGACGGUGUGGAAUGCCUACACUGAGGCCUCCUGGAAGUACAACACCGAUAUCAAUGAACAAAAUAAGCAGGCGAUGCUUGACAAAAAUCUGGAGAUGUCAGCCCACACUCUAAAGUAUGGACAGAAGGCCCGUCUGUACGACACCACUGACUUCCAGGAUGCCUCGACCAAACGCAUCAUCAAAAAACUCAGCGACAUCGAGAGGGCCGCACUAUCCUCAGAAGAACUGAAAGAGUACAACAAUCUCCUAUCCAACAUGGAGACCGAGUACAGUGUGGCUCAGGUCUGCAGACCUGACAAGACGUGCCAUCCACUGGAUCCAGAUCUCCAAAAGAUCAUGGCAGAGUCCAGGGAUUAUGAUGAAUUGUUGUUUGCCUGGAAAGGAUGGAGAGAUGCUGCUGGCAAAGUGAUUCGCCAAGAUUACAAGAGAUAUGUUGAACUGGCCAACAAAGCUGCCACACUCAAUGGACACUCUGACAAUGGGGCUUUCUGGCGUUCCCUGUAUGAAACCCCUACCUUUGAAGAAGACCUGGAGACUCUGUGGAAAGAGCUGGAGCCACUCUAUCAGAAUGUGCAUGCAUAUGUUCGCAGAGCUUUGUACAAAAAGUAUGGCCCAGAGCGCAUUAACCUGAAGGGACCAAUUCCUGCUCAUUUGCUCGGCAACAUGUGGGCACAGACGUGGUCUGGCAUAAUGGAUUUGGUCAUGCCUUACCCAGAUGCCACGCAGGUUGACGCCACUCCAGCUAUGGUUGCACAGGGCUGGAACCCCAUCAGAAUGUUCCAGGAGUCAGACAGGUUUUUCACCUCUUUGGGUCUUCUGCCAAUGCCACCAGAGUUUUGGAACAAGUCGAUGCUUGAGAAGCCGUCUGAUGGGCGACAGGUGGUGUGCCACGCCUCUGCAUGGGACUUCUAUAACAGAAAAGACUUCAGGAUCAAACAGUGUACUGUUGUGACUAUGGAUGACCUGAUCACAGUUCACCAUGAGAUGGGCCAUGUGCAGUACUUCUUACAGUACAAAGACCAGCCUGUGUCCUUCCGCGAUGGAGCCAACCCUGGCUUCCAUGAGGCCAUCGGGGAUGUUUUAGCCCUGUCUGUUUCUACGCCCAAACAUCUGCAGAGCAUCGGCCUCCUGGACAAAGUAGAAAGCAACCAUGAGAGUGAUAUCAACUUCCUGAUGAACAUGGCGCUUGACAAGAUUGCCUUCCUUCCUUUUGGCUACUUGAUGGAUCAGUGGAGAUGGAAGGUGUUUGAUGGACGCAUCCCAUCGACUGAGUACAACAAAGAAUGGUGGAACCUCAGAAUGAAGUACCAAGGACUGUGUCCACCUGUAACCCGUACUGAGGAUGACUUCGACCCAGGUGCAAAGUUCCACAUCCCUGCUAACGUGCCCUAUGUGAGGUACUUCGUCAGUUUCAUCAUCCAAUUUCAGUUCCACAAGGCUCUGUGUGAAGCUGCUAACCAUGUGGGCCCUCUUCAUACCUGCGACAUCUACAAAUCUAAGGAAGCCGGGAAACUGCUGGGUGAUGUGAUGAAGCUUGGCUUCAGUAAGCCCUGGCCCGAGGCUAUGGCCAUGAUCACUGGCCAGCCCAAAAUGACUGCCCAGCCACUCAUGCAGUAUUUCAAACCUCUCAUUGACUGGCUGGAGACAGAAAACAACAAGAACAAUGAGGUCCGCGGGUGGCCCGAAUACGACUGGAAACCUUUAAGCUCCGAUCCAGAUCCAAUUAAGGAUAAUAAAGUGGACUUCCUUGGCAUGAAUGUGGAUGGCUCAGCUGCCACAGCUGGCCAGUGGAUACUGUUGGUCCUUGGCAUAGUCCUCUUGGUGGCCACCAUCCUAUUGGGCUACAAGUAUAGGAAGACAAAAAAGCGUGAAAAGUCCUCAUCCAUGAUGGAGCUUAAGUAAAGAAGGACUGGACAUCAGUGAUGGCUAAAGUAAGGCCUGACUUACUGCAGCUAGCACAGUGCCAACCUCAAUGUGAACAUCUGUGUUUUUGUGUACUGUACAAUGCAUCUGAUCAAAUUUGCUUUUUGUUUUGGUCUGCCUCCUUGUCUAGUCUUGUAUAUUUAUUAUAUACACUUUGAGUCCAAUAAUUUUUUUGCCUAUGCAAAAGAACAAUACAAUUUUGUAAUUUAUUUGCAAUAUUUGAUGGGUUUUUUUAAUGAAUGUGUGUAGAGUUAUUGACUGCAUAAGCAUUUUUUAAAUAUUUGAUUUUGUUGCUUUUUUGUUGGAUUCUUUGCAUUUCUACAAUAAAGACA